UACAGUCACAAAUUAACGAACGUCUUCACUUGGACUAACUUCGCUAACUGGUGGUACAAAGGACUUGACUUAACGUUACCAAAUGGCAAUUUUUCAUGUGAUUUUGAGCUGGACUGCUCAAGUGCUCAUGUUUCUGCUCUUUAUGAUUUUCAUAGCGUUUCUUGGUUACUGCUUGUAUAUUAAACACAUUCACAUGAAAUAUGACCACAUUCCUGGCCCACCGAGAAACAGUUUCUUAUUAGGACAUUCACCAACAUUAUUGAGGGCAAUGAAAAAUGGCGGAAUUGUGCACGACACAUUUCUGGAAUGGGCUGAGAAGUAUGGGUCUGUGUACAGAGUGAAUAUUUUCCAUUACGUUGUACUCUGUGUGACCUCACCAGAGGCAACCAAGGAAAUCCUGAUGUCCCCAAAGUACCCCAAAGAUAGAUUUGUCUAUAAGAGACUCUUCAACCUGUUUGGUCAAAGGUUCCUAGGUAAUGGCCUAGUAACAGCACACGACCAUGAACAGUGGUAUAAACAGCGCCGGAUCAUGGACCCUGCUUUCAGUAGCUUGUAUUUGAGGGGUCUAAUGGGCACCUUCAAUGAGAGGGCAGAGAAGCUGAUGGAUAAACUUACAGAUGUUGCUGAUAACAAAACAGACGCCAACAUGCACCACCUAGUCAACUGUGUUACCCUUGAUGUCAUUGCAAAGGUUGCUUUUGGUGUGGAUUUAGACCUGCUGAAGAAUAGUUCACCUUUCCCUGCAGCCAUUGAGACGUGCCUGAAAGGGAUGGUGUACUAUCUCAGAGACACCCUUUUUGAGUUCAAUCCAAAGAACCGACCAUUCAUUAAUGAAGUGAGAGAAGCUUGCCGCCUGCUGCGCACCACUGGAGCUCAGUGGAUUAAUGACAGAAAGACUGCCAUGCAAAACGGCGAUGACGUCCCCAAGGACAUCCUCACGCAGAUCAUCAAAAGUGCUGACAAAGAGGAAAACAUGUCUAAAGAAGAUGAAGAGUUAAUGUUGGACAAUUUUGUGACAUUUUUCAUUGCGGGGCAAGAAACAACAGCUAAUCAACUGGCUUUUUGCAUCAUGGAACUUGCAAGACAUCCUGAUAUACUGGAGAAAGUGAAGACGGAGGUGGAUGAUAUCAUUGGGAUGAAGCAGGAAAUUAGUUAUGACGAUCUGGGGCAACUGAUCUACCUCUCACAGGUUCUAAAAGAGACUCUGAGGAUUUACCCGACUGCUCCAGGCACAUCUCGUGACGUACUGGAAGACAUAUUGAUUGACGGUAUCCACAUACCGGGAGGAGUCACAUGUUUUUUUAGCAGCUAUGUGACUGGGAGAAUGGAUAAAUUCUUCAAGGACCCACUCACAUUUGAUCCAGACAGAUUUCACCCAGAUGCUCCCAAGCCUUAUUACUGCUACUUCCCCUUUGCCCUCGGCCCACGCUCAUGCCUGGGACAAAACUUUGCUCAGAUGGAGGCUAAAGUGGUGAUGGCCAAGCUGCUCCAGAGGUUUGACUUCACCCUUGUGCCGGGUCAGACCUUUGACAUCCUGGACACUGGCACACUCAGGCCGAAGAGUGGAGUGGUGUGCUCCGUGAGACACAGGAAUCACAAGAAAUAAAUGCUCAGACAGCACCACAACAUAAGAAGAAACCAACUGCCUGCUGCAAUUAUCACUGCCGAGUUGUUUUAUUACUUUUUUUUAUUAAUUUGUUUCAGCCUUUGUAAAGAAAAUAAUAUCAAUGCUUGUUAUAAUGGUGUGCACAGUGUAUGAUGUUUUUAAUGUUCUUACAAUUAUAAGGAUAUGGGGAAAUGUUUGAGUAGCUUACAGUAUCAUUAGUACUUCAAUCUUGGCGGAACUAACCCUUCAUCUCUGUGUAGUUGUUCUUCCAUACUCACUGAGCUUCUUAACUCGUUUUGUGCCUUUAACACUAAUACAAAAAAAAAUACAAAAGCACUUUAAUAAAUUAAUAAUUGAUAAAAAUG